AAAAGAAGCCUUGACGUUCGUGUUUAGUCUAAUUAUAAGACUGAUAAUCGUCGGAUCAACUCAUCGUAACGGAGAAAAUAAAAAUAAAAAACUAAAGAAAAGAAGAAGAAAAAAAUUGAGUAACCAUUAAUAGUGUUCUGUCUUACCGACGUAACAGAGAGAAACAGAAAUAAGAAAAUUUGAGUUACCGACACUUACCGAUCGUCAACAACGAUACGUAACUAUCACGUUACUCUGUCGAUAAAUUGAAAAAUCAAGUCACGUGGACACAGAAGAGAGAAAGUGAGAUAAAAUGUCUUUGAUUAACAAGUGUGGUAGAAUAAUCGUCGGCAGAGGUGUUCUCUGUUCUCGUUGGAAUACUUUCGAACGAACGAAAUUGCAAGUAAAAUGGGUCUCGUCGAGUUUCAAUGUGAAACAAGGGCAGAACGGUUCCAAUAACGAUUCUAUCAGGAAGUCAGUAUUCAUAUCCCAAUCCACUGAUGUGUUCACCAAUCUGGCAUUAGAAGAUUGGCUGUAUCGUAAUUUCGACCUCACGAAUCAUCAUAUAUUGCUAUUGUGGCGUAACGAUCCAUGCGUGGUAAUCGGCCGCCAUCAAAAUCCUUGGCUCGAGUGUGAUACUCGUACCACGGAGAAGCAUAAUAUAGCAUUGGUACGUCGUAAUAGCGGUGGUGGUACUGUUUAUCACGACAAUGGCAAUCUCAAUCUUUCCUUUUUCACGCCGAAACAAAGAUAUAAUAGGAGAUAUAAUUUGGAUAUUAUCACGAGAGCAUUAUAUCGAGAGUGGGGAUUGAAAGCUGUUGUUAACGAACGGGAGGAUAUUGUCGUCGAGGGACGAUAUAAAGUAUCCUUUGAUGUAUCUGGUACAGCAGCCAAAAUAGGACGACCUAAUGCUUACCACCAUUGUACGCUUUUAGUAGCUGCUAAUAAAACUUUGUUGAGUAUGAGUCUUCAGAAGAAAGAGACUGGAAUUAAAACAAAUGCUACACCGUCUACGCGUUCGUCAAUAAAAAAUCUAACGGAAGUUAAUUCCGAGGUUCAAAUAGACAAGCUCAUAAAUGCCGUAGGCUGGGAAUAUUUACGUACAAAGCCGCUUGUCCUCGAAGAUGGCGGCUAUGACCAUAUACAAGAACAAAAAGGUUUUCAAAUGAUCAAUCCCUCCGAGGAUUGGUUCCCAGGUAUAGAUAAAUUGAGGGAACAAUUCUGUUCGUGGGAAUGGACAUAUGGAAGAACUCCAGAUUUCUCAGUAACGAAAACUUUCGAUGUACCGGCACCAAAUGGAAAUAUUUAUCGGCUCGAUUUGACUUUAGAAAUACAAAAAGGUAUAGUCGAGGAAAUAAGAAUGAGUUUACCGGCAAAUUUGGCAUCGUCCGAUUUUAAUCAAAACACUAAUGUCCUAACCAAUCUUCGUGGUAUGAAAUACGAUAGCGACGUUAUGGACAACAUAAUUGCAUUGAUCAGCUGCAAGAAUUUCGCUGAGAGUAUGUCUCAGAAUACAAAGAAGACUAAUAUGGUGGCGACGCAAUGAUCGAUCGUUAUUCCUUCGGACGAUCCAAAGAAGCAGCAUACUCGAUAAGAUAGAAUGAAGGGCAAAUGAAGAAAUCAAUUAUCGAAUAGAGAUAACAUCACGUUUUUUCAAUGAUAUUACAUUUUAUCAAUGACAUCACAUUUUAUCAAAGAUUUU